UCAGGGGGCCACCAAGCCUCGGGCCACCCCACUGCCACCCCCUGGAGGAGAUUCUCUGGAGAUCUGCGAUCGAAGAACGACCUUAAACGCCCUACCGCAGAGAGCCAAAGCUCCCGGCUUCGGAUUCUCCGAGGAAAGCUCCGGUCUGGCCGGCGAUUGGUGGCGUCGAUAAGGUGUAAACAGUAUUUCUAGUUCAGUUCGCCCAGCGAUCCUCUUGCAUUCGGAACGGAACUUUCCCAUAUUAAGCAGCUAUCAUCAUGUGGACAGAUCUCGCGGGCAAGGUGAUCUUGGUGACCGGAGCCGGGGCCGGUAUUGGCCAGGCGUUGGUCAAGCAGUUGGCCUCCGCGGGUGCUACCGUCAUCGCGGUGGCCAGGAAGCCGGAGCAGCUCCAGCAGCUGGUGGCCUUCGAUCCGGUACACAUCCAGCCUCUCCAGUUGGAUCUCAGCGGCUGGCAGGCGGUGCGCGAGGGACUGGCGAAGGUGCCUCUGCUGGACGGGCUGGUCAACAACGCCGGCGUGGCCAUCAUCAAGCCUUUCGAGGAGCUCACCGAACAGGAUUUCGACACCCACUUCGAUGUGAACAUCAAGGCGGUGUUCAAUGUGACUCAAUCCCUGCUGCCCCGCCUGAAAGACGGAGCCUCCAUUGUCAACGUGUCCUCGAUAGCAUCGUCCCGAUCCUUUGGCGGCCACACGUCCUACAGUGCCACCAAGGCGGCCCUCGAUUCGCUGACCAAGUCGCUGGCCUUGGAGCUGGGUCCGCGCAAGAUUCGCGUCAAUUCCGUCAAUCCCACCGUGGUGCUGACCAAAAUGGGCGCCGACAACUGGUCGGAUCCCGCCAAGAGUGGACCGCUGCUGGCCCACAUCCCGCUGAAUCGGUUCUGCGAGGUGCAGGAGGUGGUGGACGCCACCGGCUAUCUGCUGAGCAGCAAGUCGAGCUUCGUGAACGGCCACCAUAUCCUGCUCGAAGGUGGAUACUCCGUUUCCUAAGACGUCCGCGUUAACUUUGAUGUGCAACCCCAAAUUUGAUACAAAUGAAAUAUGAUUGAAUUAAAACAGUGGAAAUUCCAUGAUUUUAUAA